GUUGAUGGUGUACUCUUGCCGUUUUAUGUCUCAGAAACUAAUCUACGAAGAUGAAAUUACCUCUGACAUCAAAAAUGAAGCUGCUUUUAAUAAAACUGAUAAUGGCAACUUUAAUGUCCUCCAGAGCAGAUGUUUUGAAAAGCUCGCUUGCGAAUGCAGUGCACCGGAACAUCAGAGCUUUGUCCUUUCCGGAAGAGAGCGAAAUGGGGCUCUUUUUCGCCCUCGCCAUUCCCCUGGACGAUCCUGUGUCGACAAAAUCGAUUUCCGUUGCGUUCUUCUUCGAGGCCAAUUAUGAAUUACCCAAUAACAUCACGGAAUUUCAAUCGAGCGUGGAGAGCCGUCAACAUCGGGACAAACGGUUUGCAGGUCAACGACACUCAAUAAAUCGCAAAACGAUAUACGCUGUAUUGGAGUCUAAGUUCGAAUCAUUGGGAUUUCCUGGUAAGCAAUGUCUCUUGAGAUAUAUUUGUGAAACGUCACGAGAACCUCUGCAUCAACACAAUGGUCUCAUCGGUGAUUUGAUGCACAUCACGUUAACGUAAGACUUUGUUGAAUGUAAAAUAAUUAUCAACAGUAUGUUCACUUUUCACAAAAGCGUCGUAGUCAUUAUUUAAAAAAACAUCAGGACAUCUUAUAUAUAUAUAUAUUUAAAUAGGGUCAAUGCAAACAAUAUAACUAAUUUUUAC